UUAUAGUUGCCAUAAAAUAAUAAAAAGAAAAGAGGGAAAAUGAAAGGGGGAUUAGUAGAUUGACUGGUUGAAUGUGCUGACACGGCGCAUGUCGUAACCCUUCCCCCUAGAGGGAGAAAAUUAUUUUUUUUUCUUUUCUAAAAAUAAUUUUUACGCCCUUUCCAUGUUUCCUUCUAUCAAUCAUCACCUUGCCGACUAAAAAUAUUUUUUAUGAUUUUUCAAAUUGUUUUGCCCCUAAAUCCACAUGGGAAAACAAAGAAAAGGAAGCGCUGUGCAAUUUUAGACUUAAGGAAGGAAUUAAAUAUCAGAAUUAAUAAAUUAUUGUGUUUUUAUUGAUGUUUGCAACAUAUUUUAUUUGUUGUGUUUUCUUUGUGUUUUUGUUUUACAAAGAAAACACUUUUGUAUUUUUGUUGUUUUUGUUCUUUGUGUUUUUGUUUAAAUUUAGUUCUGAUUUGUAUUUCUGUUUACAUUUGUUUUUAAUUCUGUUUGUUAAGUUUCUGAUUUGUAUUUUUGUUUGUUUAUAUCUAAUUCUGAUUUUUCAAGUUUAAUUCUGAUUUAAUUAUUAUUUGUGUUUUUAUUCUAUAAUUCUGAUUUUCAAUUUAAGUGUGUUUUCUUUGUAUUUUUGUUUUACAAAAUUCUGAUUUUGUAUUUUCUUUUUCUUAUUUUAAUUCAAGUUUAUUUUUCUACCCUUAUUUUUAUCCCUCUCUUUCUCUAUCUCCUCCCCAUACAGUAGUUUUAACAACAUUUUCUUUUUUAUUUAUCUUUAAAAACACAAAAACAUUUUUCCGCUUAUUUUCUACCAGUCUCUUUUUAUUGGUUAUUUUUCUUUUCACUUUGCGUGUUUUAUCAGCUUUUUCCCUUACUUCUUACCCAUCUCCCUUCAUUAUUUAUUCCCCUUUCCUUUUUUUCUUUCCGCUAUUUUUAUUGUCUCUUUUGGCCAUUUUUGGGUGGUUUAACAACAACACAAAACACUUUUC